CUUUCCCGUCGGCGCGGCUGGCCAAGCCCAAGUCCCGCCAGGAACACCACAGGCCUCAGCCUAGCGGCCGCCGCGCCCAACCCAGAAUCAAAGCGCUCGUAGUUGUUGGCGCCGUCGCCAGGGAGACGCCGCGGGGGCUGAUGGGAAGUUGGUCACGCCGGCGGAAGUCUCUACGAUCUCAGGAGGCGGAGUAGAGAGCGGACCGAGGCGGGCUCGGAGGGCCGAGCUUUCCGGACUAGGCCGCAGCCGUCGCGGAACGGCUGUGCCUUCUUCCGGGAGCUCCCAAUGCCGGCCCCAACACUUUCCCCUCAGACCUGGUGGCUUCGCGGGCCCUCGCCCCAGUGACGUCAUACAUUGGCACUUCCGCCUCCCGCUCGCUGGCUCCAGCUCUCGUGCAGGGCGGCGCUUUCUUGCUGGACUCCUGCUUCUCUUCUGAUGGAGAGAGAGAGAGGUCGCGCAGGUACUUCUGAUUGUCAAUCAUCAUGGGUAUCCGAGGACUAAUGAGUUUCGUGGAAGAUCAUAGUAAUGAGUUUUUCACUGAUUUAAAGUUGCAGGACACAAAAAUUAUCAUUGAUGGCUAUGCUCUUUUCCACCGACUUUGCUUCAAUUCAGACUUGGAGCUCCGGUAUGGAGGGGACUAUGAUUCAUUUGCAGAUGUUGUACAGAAAUUCUUUGAAUCACUGUUUGCAUGUAAUAUCUGUCCAUAUGUAGUAUUAGAUGGAGGAUGUGACAUUUCAGAUAAAAAGCUUACCACUUUAAAGGAUAGAGCUAGAGAGAAGAUCCAGGCAGCCCAUUCCCUUUCUGUUGGUGGAGGUGGGAAUGUAUGUCCCUUACUUAUCCGAGAAGUGUUCAUACAGGCUUUGGUCAAACUGCAGGUAUGCUUUGUCCAGUGCUUUUCAGAAGCAGAUCGUGACAUUAUGACUCUUGCCAAUCAUUGGAAUUGCCCUGUGCUAUCAUCAGAUAGUGACUUUUGCAUUUUUGACCUGAAAAGUGGAUUUUGCCCACUGAAUACCUUUCAGUGGAGAAAUCUGAACACUGUUAAGGAUACACAAAGUUACUAUAUUCCUGCCAAGUGUUUUUCCAUUGAUGCAUUCUGCAAUCACUUCAGCAACAUGAACAAAGCUCUGUUACCUCUCUUUGCGGUGCUGUGUGGAAAUGACCAUGUUAAUCUUCCCAUCAUGGAGACAUUCUUAAGUAAAGUACAUCUUCCUCUUGGUUCUAAGGGGAGGAGACACCACCGAGUUAUGGGACUUCUGAACUGGAUAUCUAAUUUUGAUGACCCUACCGAAGCACUAGAUAAUGUUCUGAAGUAUCUCCCCAAAAAGAAACGAGAAAAUGUUAAGGAAGUCCUCUGCUGUGCUAUGGAGGAGUACCAGCAGUCCUCCGUGAAGCUGCAGGACUUCUUCCAGUCUGGCACUUACGUAUGUCCAGAGGCUUUGAAUCUGGGUUUACCAGAAUGGGUACUAGUGUCUUUGGCCAAAGGCCAGCUCUCUCCUUUCAUCAGUGAUGCUCUGGUGCUCAGAAGAACCAUUCUUCACACACAGGUAGAAAACAUGCAGCAACCAAAUGCCCACAGAAUAUCUCAGCCCAUCCGACAAAUCAUCUACGGGCUUCUUUUGAAUUCUUCACAUCCAGAAGACAUAUCCCAGAAUGCAAUGCCUUCUCAGCCUCUAGCUUUCAAUGAAGUGGAAAGAAUUAAUAAAAAUAUCAAAACAUCAAUUGUUUAUGCAGUACAACUGCCCAAGGAUCAUUCUGACUUGAGCAGAUUGACUGAGCUCUCCUUGGCUCGGCGGCAGACACUUCUGUUAGAAGCCCUGAAGGUGAAACAGGUUGUCCUAGAGUCCAUCCCUACUUUUCUGAAGUUGCCCAUUGCUGUCAGUUGCUACUGGUUACAGCACACAGAGGCCAAGGCAAAGCUGUAUCAUCUACAGGCCUUGCUGCUGGGAAUGCUGAUGGAGCCUUUGCACGCCAUCAUCAACAGUCCUGGUAAGGAAGAUCCACGGGCAGGUGCUAAGAUGUUGUAUGAAGAGUUCCAAAAGGUGAAGGAGUCAGCGCGGCCCAGUGCCAGAUUAGAUCUAGACACAGCUCACAUCUUCUGUCAGUGGCAGUGCUGUCUUCAGAUGGGGAUGUAUCUCAACCAGCUGCUGUCCACGCCUCUCCCAGAGCCAGACCUAACUCGAUUGUACAGUGGAAGCCUGGUGCAUGGACUAUGCCAGUCACUAGCAUCAACCUCUGUGGAAAGCCUUCUGAGCAUGUGCCCUGAGGUGAAGCAACUUUAUGAACAUCUAUUCAAUGCCACAAGGUCAUAUGCCCCAGCUGAAUUAUUUCUACCAAAGGGUAAAUCAAAUUCAAAAAAGGGGGGUCAGAAGAAGAAGAUUACUGGCCGGUCAAAGAACAGAGUGGGAACCACUUCAGACACCAGGAACUGGUAUGAGGGAAGCAACCGAUUUGGGCUGUUAAUGACUGAAAACUUGGAGGAGCACAUUGAGGCCUCAGAGCUUGAGUAAACUUAGUCUGCAUCACAUUGAAUUUGUGAUUCUUUCUCCUUUAACUUUUCUAUAGAAAACGUAUUACAGGAUAAACUACAACAGAUAACAUUUCAAUUCCAAGGUAUUUUGUACUACUUUUAAUAAAGCAUGAUUUAAGAAACA